AACUAUUCAUAAGAGGGCGGGCUGGGCCGUGCAGCCUUUGUUAACCAGGGAGGGCGCGGCCACCGGGAUUCUCGCUGCAGGCUUCGGGGAGCGGUGCUUGGCUUCCAGAUUGGGGUCGAGAUGUCCUACAUUCCGGGCCAGCCGGUCACCGCCGUGGUGCAAAGAGUUGAAAUUCAUAAGCUGCGUCAAGGUGAGAACUUAAUCCUGGGCUUCAGCAUUGGAGGUGGAAUUGACCAGGAUCCCUCUCAGAAUCCUUUCUCAGAAGAUAAGACAGACAAGGGCAUUUAUGUCACGCGGGUAUCUGAAGGAGGCCCAGCGGAAAUUGCUGGGCUGCAGAUCGGGGACAAGAUCAUGCAGGUGAACGGCUGGGACAUGACCAUGGUCACGCACGACCAGGCCCGGAAGCGGCUCACCAAGCGCUCGGAGGAGGUGGUGCGGCUGCUGGUGACGCGGCAGUCGCUGCAGAAGGCGGUGCAGCAGUCCAUGCUGUCUUAGCAGCUGCCAAGGUCCCCGCCGCACGCCUGCCCGCCUCUGUGCAGUGACACCACCUCCACGCUCUGUCUGCCCCUUGUCCUGGCUUCUGAUGGCUGGGCCCUGACUCGGAGCAGCAAGAGCUGGUCCCAGGGGCCUGACCCAGCCUUCCUUCUCUCCCCUCACGGGCCCAAGCUCUUUCCUUUGGACACAGGAUUAGCAACGAGGGCGUGGAGCCCAGUUUGAAUCAGUCUACGAUGACCACAGACUCAGCCCCCAGACCCUGCUGCUUGGACACAACCGUGCCCAGGCGAGGAGCCCCCCCCACCCCCACUACUUGAGGGCACCACACCGCUGGGAAACUCAGGGGCAUGGUCCUGCCCCUGCCCAGUGUCUCAGCCCUACAGUUGCCUGUGCCCCACACCCCCUGCCACGUUCCCCAGUGAGGACCGACUCACACUGCCAGAGACACUACCAAGGUUUGCCCGGACAGAAGCCAGGCAGGCUCACUGCUCACCCAUCGCACCCCAACCAAGGGGCGCUGGCCUCCCCGGGGUUCACCUGCUUACAGGAUUUAGAUGAGGUUCGAGGCUGACAUUUCAGGACAGUUCUCAGGAUUGCCAUUUUCCUCUAUGCCCGUGGGUUUAACUUUUGUAUUUUUUUAGUCACAACUUUGAUACAAAGCGUUUUUAUCUUACUCCUGGGAGAUGCCAGUUCAACUUUUGAAUUUAGCUUACUAAUUCAUAUCUGGGAACUACAUUUAAUAAGGGAACCAGCCUUACUUCGGUUACUGUGGAAAUGGGGCAGCAAGAAGCUGCCCCCCAUAUUGUGCCCAAUAAACAGUACUGGAUUCA